AUAGUUUAGAAGAAGCUAAUUUAAAAAAAGAUAAUUUGGAAGAUAGUUUAGAAGAAGCAAAUUUAGAAAAAGAUACUAAAAGACAAGUUCAAAAUUAUGCAACAAAAGUUGGAUUUGAACUAGUUAAGCAUAGACUUGAAAAAAAUAAAUAUG